AUGGCAGCCUCAACACAGCAGGCCUCCACCCCGGCCAUCGCCGCCCCCAACGCGACAGCCAGCAGCUCAUCGUCAACCACCGCGUCGGCCCCCGAUGGCGCCAAUGUCGCCAGAUCCAGUGAUGAGUCCGCAUCCAAGACGUCGAAAGAGGGCACACCCAGGCCAUCAGAAGACACGCCGGUGCGCGACAAGGAUUCCUUCUUCCAGGUUCUCCUGAACCACUUCGUUACCCGCGACAACAUCGCCUAUGCUGCUCUCAUGGACGACAAGAUGACGGAACAGAAGAAAAUGAAAGAACGGAGGCUUGAACGGGACGAUUAUAAAGCUCUAAGAGGCGAAUAUCGCCAAUGGUUUCCCCCGAGCAAAAUAUUCGGAGAAGGCUACAAUGGCUACGGCAAUGGCUUCACCGAGUCUGGCCAGCCGUCAAGGAUUGUGUAUCCUAAGGAAAAGCAUCGCCCAGGCAAAAGAGGCACCCCGGCGCUACCUAAAUUCAGCCGAAAAGACAUGCAGCAGCAAGCCGAGCAGCACGAAGAACUCGUACCUGUCCGAUUAGACGUGGACUGGGACAAGGUCAAGCUUCGCGACACGUUCACAUGGAACCUUCAUGAGCGCCUCAUCCCUGUCGAGCUCUUCGCUGCUCAUCUUGUCGAGGAUAUGGGCCUCAAGGCCCCGCUGGUCCAACCUGUCUUCGAGCAAGUACAGCAGCAGAUCCACGAGCAGCUCAAUGACUUCUACCCAACCGUAUUUUCCGAAGAAGACGCGCUCGACCCAGAGCUCCCUUAUUCCGCGUACAAGAACGAUGAGAUGAGAAUAUUAGUAAAACUCAACAUCACCAUCGGCCAGCAUACCCUUGUUGACCAGUUUGAGUGGGAUAUUAACAAUCCUAUAAAUUCUCCCGAGGAGUUUGCCCAAAGUAUGGCUCGCGAUUUGUCCCUGUCCGGCGAGUUCACAACAGCAAUUGCGCACUGCAUACGGGAACAAACACAACUCUUCACGAGAAGUCUGUACAGCAUUGGCCAUCCGUUUGAUGGAAGACCAAUUGAAGACCCAGAUCUUGUGUCUGCCUUCCUCCCCUCUCCUUUACCAAACGUCUUCCGGCCACAACAGCAAGCCAAGGAAUACGCACCCUAUUUGUAUGAGCUCAGUGACGCAGAUCUGGAGAGGAAUGAGGUCAUAUUCUCUCGCGAACAGAGGAGACAGAAGAGAUCUGUCAACAGACGCGGCGGGCCUCAACUACCCGAUCUCAAGGAGAGACAGAGAACUAUCCGGACGCUUGUUGUCUCCAAUACGCUGCCAGGGGCGGCGACGGAUGUGGAAGAGAGCAGAUUAUACAAGAGAGCGGCCGGCGCUGUCGGCCCUGGUAGGGGCAAGCGAGGUCCUGGUGGACAUGAUGGCGCUAUAUCGGACUCGGACGAUAGUGACGAUUCGAUGCCCGACUCACCUGCUAUGUCACAACUUGCCGGUACGGCACGUACCAGGGGCAUGCGCGGUGCGGCAUCCGCCGCCCAGCAGCGCAUGGCCAAUAUUGGGAGAUCAGAAACACCAGAGGCAGCUACGAUUCUACACCAUCAUGAGACUAGAAUCGCUUCUCGUCGUUUCCCAGGACGGGAGGCUCGAGACUCCACCGAGGAGCCUUCGCAUUACUGGGUUCACCUGAAGGUCUCCAAGGAGAAGCUCAGGAAGCUUCUGAAGGAUAUCAAGUCGAAAGCUGCUCCUCCAUCGGGAUCGCAAACUCCUGUGAGCCAAGCACAACGUGCUCCAAGCACAUCUGUUCCCCCAAGCAAUAUGGGACCUCCCUCAACACCCUCUGCCACGACCCAGAACCUUCCUGCAAAGGCAGGCAGUGCAACACCUGCUCCUCCUGGCCAAAUUGGCCGUCUCCCUGCCCCUCCACCACCGCCUCCUGGUCAGCAAGGCCCGCCACCUCCUCCGCCUCCUGAGUGGCUCAGCUCAGCUCUUCAAGAUCUCUUGAAGCAGUAUCCCAAUGACUCUUUCGAAGGCGUCAUGCGAUACUGUGCCGUCAAUGCUGAGACUGAACAGCCAGUCCCGGCACCGCCUGCUGGACAACCCAUCCCGCCCAAUAUCAAGUUCAUGUACCUCCCCAGAAUCCGCUGCCACGACUGCCCAGGCAAGCUAUACACGCCAGGGCCGGAAACCACUGUCACCAACUUCGAGGUCCAUCUCAAGAACAGAAUGCACCGUGAAAAGGUCGAUCAGCGGGUGGGCAAGCCUACCGGACGGUCGAGCUCCACAUCUGGAGCCCCCGGGCCUGCAUCAUAG